CCGACCCGGAUCCGAGGCGGAACUCAGCGGUCGGUUAGCAACGACAUCAACAGCAGGAUGCUCGAACAGCUGUCGCACUGAUCGAACGCACCGGAACUCUGCGUUCUGAUCCGCGCGUCCGUUCAAACCGCGCCGGCAGGAGCGCGUGCACGGCGCCUGACCCCCGGCUCACGGACGAGGUCUGAAGAGGAGGAGAGAGAGACAUGAGUCACCGGAGAGAGAGCGGGCGGACCGGGAUGCACCGCUGCUGCUGCUGCUGCGGAGCUAACAGGCUAACAGGCUAACAGGCUAACCGUCAGAAGUUUAUCUACACGUCGUGACAGAGACACACGACAACAUGGACUCACUGCUGGACUUUGAGGAGUGUGUGAAAGACUCACCUGAGUUCAGAUUGAACCUGGAUCAGUUUGAGAAGGAAGUUUCUCUGCUGGAGUCAAACAUGGACAAGGCGAUGAAGCUGUGCGGCAGGAUGGUGGAGGCGGGUCAAGCGUACAGUUCAGCCAAUCAGCUGUUCCUGAGCAGCCUAGCCGAGCUCUCCGUGUACCAGAGGAAGGACAGCGUCAUCACUAACUGUCUGAACCAGUUCAACCAGGGCCUGCAGGAGAUGGUCGGCUUCCACACUAUGUUGUUUGAUCAGACUCAGAGAGCCAUCAGUCAACAGAUGACCAACCUCUGUACACAGUUCCUCCCCCAGCUGGCAGAGACCAGGAGGGAGUUUGUUCGAAUCGGCGUCGAUUUGGAGACGGCGGCGGUGAAAAACGCUCAGGUGUCUCGUCACAGAGCAGUCGACGCCGAGCGGGCGAGUCACCUGCUGCUCGCCACGCGCAAAUGUCACCAGCACUUUGCCCUGGACUACUGUCUGCAGCUAAAUACCUUCAAAACUCAGCAGAGGGUCGACAUCCUCAACUCAGUCUUUUCUUUCGUCCAGGCUCAGUUCACCUUCUUCCAUCAAGGCUUCGACCUCCUCAGAGACCUGGAUCCCACCAUGAAGACCAUGGCAGCACAGUUGUCCCAGCUGUCCACAGACUGUGCAGCUGAAAGAAAAGAGCUGGAGAACAAACACCUGCUGGUGCAGCAGAGAGAUGCCUCAGGUGAGCAGAUGGUCGGCCCGUGUCCUGGGAGUGAUGACAUCAUCCAGGGUUACCUGUUCAAACGUUCCAGGAGGAAAACCAGAACCUGGAAGAGAUGCUGGUUUUCCAUCAGAGACAAUCGGCUCCUCUACAGGAAGUCACACAAGGACGACGCCGUGGUUCUGUUUCACGAUCUCAGACUCUGCGCCGUCAAAUCCCUGGAACACGUCGAGCGGCGCUUCUGCUUCGAACUGCUCUCCGUCCAGAUGUGCUGCGCCCUGCAGGCCGACUCGGAGAAGCUGAAGCAGGCCUGGCUCAGCGCGCUGCAGGGCAGCAUCCACCUCGCGUACAGGGAGGGAGCCAGAGCGCAGCUCACUCAGCCUAAAGAGGCCCCCUCCCUCCUGUGCGGUGGGGGCGACUCGCCCGGCCCCCCCACCCAGAGGCAGGCGGCCCUGGGCGUGGCCCUGAGGGGCCCCGGGAACCGGCGCUGCUGCGACUGCGAGGAGGAGGAGCCUCGCUGGGCCUCCAUCAACCUGGGCGUCACCAUGUGCAUCGAGUGCUCCGGCAUACACAGGAGCCUGGGUGUUCACCUGUCGAAGGUUCGAUCGCUCACCCUGGACUCAUGGGAGGCCGAGCAGCUGAAGCUCUUUUGCGUUUUAGGAAAUGACGUCAUGAACCGGAUCUACGAGGCUCGAUGUUCAGAGGAAGGACUAGUCAAACCCACGUCCGACAGCUCGCGAGCCGAGAAAGAGACGUGGAUCAAAGAGAAAUAUGUGGAGAAGAGAUUUGUGCGGAACAGCGGCGCCGACGGAGCUCGUGAAUCCGAUGCCGGGCUGCGCCUGUAUCGGUCGGCGUUGGCGGGAGACCUGGUUGCCAUGGCGGCGGCGCUGGCCGAGGGGGCGGCCGUCAACGGCAGCAACGCCGAGGAGGAGGGACGCACGGCGCUCAUUGGAGCCACCGUCGGGGGGUCGCUGUUGGCCUGCGAGUUCCUGCUGCAGAACGGAGCGAACGUCAACCACCGAGACCUGAGGGGGCGGGGAUCGCUGCACGCCGCUGCCACCGCCGGACACACCGGUCAGGUGUGUCUGCUGUUGAAGAGAGGAGCCAAUCAGUACGCUGUGGACGAGAGAGGGCAGGACCCGUUGGCCAUCGCCGUGGAAACGGCCCACGCUGACAUCGUCACGCUGCUGCGAAUGGCCAGGAUGAAUGAAGAGAUGAGAGAUUCAGAGGGAGUCUUCGGAUCUGCCGGGGACGACGAGACGUUUCAGGACAUCUUCCGCGACUUCAGCAACAUGGCCUCUCACGAUCCAGAGAAACUCAGCCGGCGGCAGUUCAGCCGAGGACGAGAGGAGGAUGACGAGGAGGAGGAGGAGCAGGAGAAACGGUGAACAGGCAAAACAGUGUUGAAAAGACAUCGGAGUGACAGAAGCCGAGGCCGGAGGUCCGUCGGGCCGCAGACCUCCUCAGAACCUCGGCAGGUUUCAUUUCAACAUUCAGAAGAGCUUACUGAUUCAUACACAUAAGAUAUAACGACGUAGUCUCAUAUAGUCUUAUUAACAACAUAAUAUAUGUAAUGUUCAGUUACUACGUGUGACCACCAUGGAAGAUGAUGGAUGAGGAACUGAAUCUGCCUCGGACGCCAGAGACGGAAUAUUCUCGUCUGAGAAGCCUGAAAGUCGCUUUGUCCUUAAAGAGGGCGUCUGCAGGUCGUGAGUUCACUUCAACUUCAAGACCUUAAGGAUACCUUAAUUUAAUUAUUUAUUUUUUAAUGGUUAAUCAUCUGUUUGAUGAUCAGAUCAUUAUAAUAACAGGAUUUAUUGUAUUAUUCAGCGGGAAGGUGCUAAGAGAACCUUCAUAUCUGUCCGGUCAGGAAACGUAAUAAUUUAAAUCCUGGUUUUAAAGAUUUGAUUCUAGUUUAACGUUGACCCCACUGACUCCUCCUCCUUCACCAGGUUCACAUCUGUGGUUCGUACUGAGAGUCACUGGAUGGAUUCAUGUGGUUUACUGUGGUUCAGACGUUCAUGUUCCCCAGAGGAUGAACUGUAUUUAACUCCUGUGAUCCUCUGACUGUUCAUGUGGCGCCACCAUCAGGUCGACAUUUCAAUGUGUCCAACACUUGUGACCCGAUACAGAGAAGAAACGACAGCGUUUGAUUUGAAAUGUCCCACUUGUUGUAGUUUUUGUUUAUAUCAAAUGCAUUUGCUUGGCUGAGUGCAGUGAGUCCCGACGGCUCGUUUGAAGGCGCAGCGUCUGAAUACGAUCCGUGUGUGGAGGGGUUGAUACUUUCUUGUUCACGGGAGCUUUUAAUGAUUUGAACUUGAAUGAGCGUGAAGUUCCUUCUGCCACUUUCCUCACAGACUUCAGCACGCUCAGGAUACAAAGUGUUUCAUUAACUUUCAUGUUGUAGUUUGUUGUGACCCAACAGCCCCGAGGCCGAUCUGAGAUGUCACGCUGCUGCUGCACAAACGUCCACCCACAUUUUAAGCCAGAAAAUUUCAAACCUUGUGACGGACGACGAGCAGAUUCUGCCUCUGGGAGAAUUUCUGUUUUCACCUGAGAUGAAACAUUUCUAUUCACUCUGUUACUAACGUGAUGCUAAUAAAAGUCUUAAUCCUCGUCCAUGAGUCUCUGAAGGAUCAAGUAACUGAGUACUUGUACUUCCUCCUGUAAGUUACUUCAUACCAGAGCUCGGCCGGUAGAAAGCGUCUGAUGUGAGUCUUUCACAGACAUUACGUAUCUGUUGAGGUUUACUGACGUGAAAACUUAUUUUACUAAAUAAAACAAUGAAAAUGUUUAUAUUA